AUGGCUAACAACAGCGAAGGCAGUCCGCGCGUGAUCCGCCUGCCACCCUACAAGUAUGUGCACGUGCUAGACACCAACUCCAACGUGUCACGUGUGCUGGCGGGUCCGCUGACGUACACGCGCCAAGAGCAUGAGCACGUCAUGACGCCUCCUCAGAACAUGAUCGUGUUACCAGCGCAGCAUUACGUGGAAGUGCGUAACCCCGUCGUACGUUCUGAAGACGGCAAGAUCGUACGUGAUGCAUUCGACCAGGCCAAGCUCAAGCACGGCGAGAUCGAGUUCCGCAUCUUCGACAAGUACCCGGAACCGUUUCCUUUGUAUCCAGGCGAGGAGCAGGUUGGUGAGAUCCGAGAGCUUCGUAUCGUGCCUGUUGACACAGCACUACGCAUCCGAGCAAGACGCAAAACCGACAAAUACGUGGCCGGUGACGAAUGGCUAUUCGUGGGACCGGCAACGUACUACCCGCGCGUGGAGGAGGAGAUCGUGACCGUCGUACACGCCAUCGUAGUAAAAAAGAACCAAGCGAUCAAGUUUCGUGCGGAGAAGAAGUGCACCGACUCGCAAGGCAUUGAACGAGAUGCUGGAGAAGAGUGGCUGGUCCGUACGCCGGGUGCGUAUCUCCCGCAGAUCGACGAGGUGCAUGUCGAGACGCUGCAAGCGCAUGUAUUGACACAAGAUACAGCUCUGCAUUUGCGUGCGUUGCGUACGUUCAAAGACGUGUACGGCACCUCACGUCGCGCUGGUGAAGAGUGGCUCAUCACGACGGAAACCACCGAGACGCACGUGCAAGACGUCCAUGAAGAGAUUAUCGGCUACGUGAACGCCACAAUUCUCACUAACCGCCAGUACUGCAUCGUCGUAGAUCCUGUGGUGAACGGAGUGCAACAUCGAGGCACUCGCGAGCUGCGUAAGGGCGAAGCUUCCUUCUUUUUGCAACCUCACGAGCAGCUGGAGAACGGUCGAGUCGAAGAUAUCAUCGUAUUAGCCGACGACGAGGCAGUUUUGCUCCAAGCAGUUGAGCCGUUUAAGCGCGGCGGUGUCCGACGUGAGGCUGGGGAGCGUUGGAUGGUGCAUGGGCCUCGUGAAUACAUCCCACCGAUCCAAGUCACAGUGUUGGAGACUCGUUGUGCUAUUCCACUUGACAUCAAUGAAGGAGUCUAUGUACGUGAACGCAAAACGGGGCAUGUUCGAGCUGUGAAAGGCGAGACGUACAUGUUGCAAGCCACGGAAGAAUUGUGGAGCAAACACCUGUCGCCAGCUGUGGAAGAGCUGCUAUCGUCACAAGUAGGAGGCUCGGCGUACGUUGUUGACCCGACCCAGUCGAAUAAACUGACGGCAAGUCUUGGUCGACCAUGGGACACGGCCACGGGUGCUCCACGUCAACGUGACCCGACGCGUGUAGUGACAUUUGAGGUGCCACACAACGCAGGGAUCCAAGUAUACGACUACAAGACCACGUCCUCGCGUAUCUUGUUCGGGCCGACACUUGUAAUGCUGGAGCCGGAUGAGCAAUUCACAGUGCUUCGUCUUUCUGGCGGUGUGCCGAAGGAGCCAAAUGUGAUCCGAACUUUGUGUCUGCAGCUCGGACCGGACUUCAUGCGAGACCAGAUAAUUGUUGAGACGUCAGACCACGCGCGACUGUCGCUCACUAUCGCCUACAACUGGCGGUUCCGCGUCGAUUCCUCGAAACCGGUCGAUGCAGCCAAGGUAUUCAACGUCAAAGAUUUCACUGGUGACGCCUGCAAGACUCUGGCUUCACGUAUUCGUGGAGCUGUGGCGGUACAGAACUUCGAUCAUUUCCACAAACACAGCGCGCAGAUCAUCCGAACGUCCAUUUUCGGCCUCGACGAGAACAACAAACUACGCGACGAAUUGAUGUUCCCCGCUAACAAUCUUUGUAUCACCAACGUCGACAUCCAAUCGGCUGAGCCGGUUGAUCAGCUCACACGUGAAAGUCUGCAGAAAUCUGUGCAACUGGCCAUUGAAAUCACGACUAAAUCGCAGGAAGCGCGCGCCAAAGCCAUCGCAAUGAAGGAGGAGGAAGCAGCCAAGGGCGAGUUGCUCACACAGCAGCUUGACAACCAGUCGAGCGCUGAACAAGCGCGCAAGAACCUCGUGCAGCUCACAGCCGAGUGUAAAGCUGUCGAAGAAGAAGCUGCCGCUGUGAGUCGUGCACGUGCCCAAGCCCAGGCGGCGGAGAUUGAAGGCCAGGCAGCCGAGGACCAGACCCUGAAUGUUGCGCACGCUGAGCGACUCGCUGGCGUCGAAAUCCACAAGAAGCGCGAGCUCAUGGCCAUCGAGGCCGAGAAGUUCCAGCAAAUGGUGAGCAGCGUGGGACAGGAGACGCUCGUGGCGCUGGCGCGUGCAGGCCCCGACGGACAAGUCAAGAUGCUGGAGGCGCUGGGACUCAGCGGCUACCUCAUCACGGACGGCAAGUCGCCUGUGAACUUGUUGGGCACGGCCGAGGGGAUUAUCCGAGGCAUCUCGCAGGCCGACCAGUGA